AUGGCAUCAUUAUCAACUGAUAAAGUACAACAAGAUUAUAAUUUGGAAAAUUUUGUUGUGAUUUGGCUUGAUCAAAAUAAUACUAUAGAAGAUGAUGUCAAGGAUAAAUUACAAUAUUUAGUUAAUUUAGUGAAAAUAUUUGAGAAUAUUGACGAAUGUUCAAACUAUAUUUCAAAUGUACAAACAGAAAAAGUAUUUUUAAUUAUUUCAUCAAUAUCAUUAGCUGAACAUAUUGUUCCAAAAAUUCAACAUUAUUCUCAAUUAGAAUUAAUUUAUGUACUCUCGUCCGAUUCGAACAUUGAAAUAAUUGCUAAAAAAGUUCAUCAUGUCUAUGAUAAAAAUUCAAUUUUUAGCCAAUUGCAAAGUGACAUUAUACAAUCUGCGAUUAAUUUGAAUGAAAUAAAUAUUAUUAAUGAUAUUUCGAUUGAUCGAUCGUUACAAAAUAAUGAAGUACAGCUGAAAAAUAUCAAAGAAUUUGAGGAAGCAUACGAACCAUCAAAAGCCAUUUGGUGGUAUACACGUGAUUGUUUUCUUUAUCGUAUACUUAAUAAAGCAUUACGCAUACAGGACAUUGAAAUUUUAUAUCGUUUACGUUUUUUCAUUGUUGACCUUCAUAAACAAUUAGAAAAAUUACAACCAGAAUUUAUUAAGUUAUUAAAUGAUAUGGAAAGCACUGUAUCAUUAUAUCGUGGACAAAUUAUGACCAGUGAUGAAUUCGAAAGCAAAUUAAAGCAUAAUACUGGUAGUCUUUUAUCAACGACAAGUUUUUUAUCAACAACAAUAGACGAAGAAUUAGCAAAGGGUUUUGCUAUUGCUGAUGGAUCUUCUUAUACAAGUAUACUAUUUAAAAUAACACUUGAUACGACUAUACAUAAAGGUGUAUUUGCUUAUAUUGAUCCCACAGUUGGUUCAUUUGACUCAGAAAACGAAGUUUUAUUUUCAAUGGGAACUGUGUUUCGUAUUGAAACAGUUAAAAAGUUAGAUAAUGAUAUUUGGCAAGUGUCAUUGUCAAUGACGAACGAUGAAGAUCAACAGUUGAAAACAUUAUGUAAUCAUAUGAGAACUGAACUUGGUAUAACAUGUCAUUUAGCUAGUUUAGGUAGACUAAUGUUCCAUAUGGGAAAUUAUGAUUUAGCUGAACAAUUUAAUCAGCUGUUACUUCGUGAUCCAACAAUUGUUGAUCCACAUGAUCUCGGUCUGUUACAUAACGAUUUGGGUUUAAUUUAUUCAAACCAAGCUGAUUAUACUAAAGCUUUUGAACAUUUUGGGCUUUCUCUUCAAAUUAAAAAACGGCAUCUUAAGUUCAGUGAUCGAUCAGUAGUUACUACUUUAAACAACAUAGGAAUGCUUUAUUUUAAAAUACAACAAUAUGAGACCGCAUUAUCUUAUUUCCAACAUAUACUUCAAAUAGAUUUACAUGCUUCAUUACAAAAUCUACAAGAUAUUGGUGCUGAUUAUAAUAACAUCGGGGACGUUUAUAGAAAACAGCGUAAGUAUUCAAAAGCAAUAAAAAUGUAUCAAAAGGCAGUUGAUACUGAUCAACAGUCACUGCCAUUGAAUCAUCCUAUAAGGGCAAUUCAUUUAAAUAAUAUUGGUUUAUAUUAUUACAAUAAAAGUGAUUAUGUAAAAGCAAAUGAUUAUUAUCAAAAGACACUUGAUAUUCAACUUCAAUCCCUUCCAGCAGAUCAUUCACAUCUAGCCACCACGUAUAACAACAUUGCUGGUGUAUGCUAUGAACAAGCAAAGUAUGAUGAAUGUAUGAUUAAUUUGAAGAAAGCAUCAGAAAUAGCAAAUAAAAAGUUACCCUCAAAUCAUCCAGACAGAUUAAAAUAUCAAGAAAAUAUUGAAAUUUUAAAAGGAGAAUUAGAAUCAAUUAAAAGUUAUUCUUGA